GUCAAGGAGGAUGCGGCGGGGCGGCGACGCGGGCCGGACCCAGCUGGGGCGGCAGGGCGGGCGCCGCCCGAGGGGGUAGGGCGCGCGGGGGCGCGCCGGGCUGGAGAGGCGCGCUCCGGCCGCGCUCGCUCCGCGUUCCCUUUGCUCGCUCGUUCCCUCCUCCCGCGGCGGCAGCAGGAGAAGGCGGUGGCGGCGGCGGAGGUGGCUGGGGAUCAGACAUGGCGGCGGAUCUGAACCUGGAGUGUAUCUGUUCGCUGCCCCGGUCCUGGACUUACGGGAUCACCAGGGGUGGCCGAGUCUUUUUCAUCAACGAGGAGGCAAAGAGCACUACCUGGCUGCAUCCUGUCACUGGCGAGGCCGUGGUCACCGGACACCGUCGGCAGAGUACAGAUUUGCCUACUGGCUGGGAAGAAGCAUAUACUUUUGAAGGUGCAAGAUACUAUAUAAACUACAUGGAGAGACACUGGACAUAAACCAAGACUUUUUUCUUUAAAAAGCUUCCCAGCAGUAAUUUUUUUCAUCAUAACCUUCUUAAAUGUUUGGUAUGAACUCUGGUUAGGAAUCAUGGUUUUGUUUUCCUCUUGGUACAGAACAAAAAAAAAAUUUCAGGCACUUGCUUAAAUAUUUGAGCCCCUAAUAUGUGUUAAACAUUGACUAUCUAUUAGGAAUAUCGCAAUGAGCUGGACAGAGCUGGCCUUUACCCUGUGGGUGUCCUAGUCCAGACACAAAGCCUGUUGCCUUGACUUGAAAAGUUUUAAAUGUUCAAAUAAAUUUAUAUUUAUAUCAAAUGAAAAAAGAAGGAGCUGAACGCUGUGUUACAUAAUCUGCCAGGCACUGGAAUGCAAAGAUGAAAUAAACAAGGUCUCAAACUAGUAAUACUCAGAGCUUCGAUAGUUAUUAUUAAGCCAUUUAACAGUGUUUAUCCUAUACCUGCUAUUUUCUAGGAAUGGUGCUAGAUACUCGAGAUUAAAAAUUACAUGCUAAUAGUGGAGUUUUUUGCUUUCUAAGAUUUUGAGAAAAUACUUAUUCAGCUUAGAGACUACAUUCAUGUUAUUUGUUCUAAGUGCCUGUCUACUAUUUAUGGAACACUUAACUAUAGGCACUGCUGAGUGUUUUAUAUGCAUUGUCAUUUAUUGCAUAUGCCACAGGGACCUACCCACCAGUUGCUGAGCAUUUAUGUGCCUCUCACUGUGUAAGCAUUUCAUCUCCUUAGAAAUGAGGGACCUAAACCUUACAGAACUGGUAGGCCCAGGAUUAGUCUUUGGGUAGGUUGGCCCUGUGGGUUUGUACCCUACUGGAAACCAUCUUUGAGCAUCUUUAACCUUUAUGGUAACACUCCAUCUGCAAUAUGAAAAUAGGUAAUCAGAUUAUUUAAUAUUCACUAGUUUUUUUUUAAAUGCAACAGCAGUUUUGAGUAGUACCCACAUGUGGAAUUUAUCAAUCCUUUUAUGUAACCUAUGUCGUAUCUACUAUGACCAGCUUUUUAAGAAAAAAAACUUCAACACAUUUUAACCGACACAACUGUUGUCAUAAAUUGGGGAUCAAAUUCAUAGUAAAAUUGUAAAAAGUUAGUUCUAUAAAAUUAGGUUGAAAAUUAGUGUACUUUCUUUUUUUGAGACUUCAUUUUUUAUUGUAUUUUUUCCCAUUACCAUUCAUCCCCUCCAGCCAACCACCUCUCCCCUGCUGUGUACAUACAAUAAUUUCUUAUAAAGUGUCCUGUGUAAAAGUAGUCAUCUUAUGCUGGCAUUAAAAAAUUGAUAACUUGAAGAAUCUCUGUUUCAUAGUACAUUUUUGCAUGUCCCUUUCUUGGUUUUAUAUGGGUCUAGACUUCCAUUGACAUUACAGUUCUCAUUUAAGACAGGAGAAAAGGAAAGAGGGAACUAGUGUCUAAAAUAGCUGUAAAGAAGACAUUCACCUACUAAUGGAUUACUUCACUUAUAUUUGAACAUAUCCCUGCCUCCCUGAUCUCCUUGGCUAUGGUAGAAGUAUUACUAUAGUUUUUAAAGUAUAAGGAACAGGGCUACUUGCAGUUGUGAUCUUGCGGUGGAAACUGACCUUGGCCUAAGCCAGCUUGCUUAAUUAAUUGACUUGUCUUAUUGCAGCAAUAAGUAUAAUUUUUAUUUGCCCAUCCUCUCUAUAUUUUAAGUCCCUUAAAAUAUAGUGAUCUGGCAGCUCUGCCACUACCUCUGUUUUUAUUUAUUUAUUUUUAAAGUAUAUUUUAUUGAGUGUGGUAUUACAGUUGUCCCAGUUUUUCCCCCUUUGCCCCCCUCCUUUCCAGAUCCCCUAUCCCUCUACCAGUUUCCCCCCUUAGUUCAUGUCCAUGAGUUGUGCAUAUAAGUUCUUUGGCUUCUCCAAUUACUAUACUACUCUUAAUGUGCCCUUGUCUAUUUUAUACCUACCAGUUAUGCUUUUUAAUCCCCAUUCCCCCCUUCCCCCUCCCAGCUGAUUAAUUCUCCAGAUGAACCCCAUACCUAUGAGAUUCUAUUGCUGUUGUAGUUUGCUUAGUUUGUUUUUGUUUUUUGAUUCAGUUGUUGACAGUUGUGAGUUGUCAAUUUAAUGCUCAUAGCUAUGGUCUUUUUCUUAAAUGAGUCCUUUUAACAUUUCAUGUAAUAAUGGCUUGGUGAUGGAGGACUCCUUUAGGAGCUUUAUCUUGUCUGGGAAGCACUUUGUCUGCCUUUCCAUUCUAAAUGAUAGCUUUGCUGGGUAGAGUGAUUUAGAUUGUAGCUCCUUGCUUUUCAUCACUUUGAAUACUUUCCAGCCUCUUCUUGUCUGCAAAGUUUCUUUUGAGAAAUCUGCUGAGAGUCUUAUGGGAGCUCGUUUGUAGGUAACUCUGCUUUUCUCUUCCUGCUUUUGAUUCUAUUUUUUAUCUUUAACCUUGGCAUUUUAAUUUUGAUGUGUCUUGGUAUGGUCUUUUUUGGGUCCAACUUGGUUGAGACUUGUGCUUCCUGGACUUGUAUAUCUGUUUCCUUUGCCAAAUUAGGGAGUUUUCUUUCGUUAUUUUUUUCAGAUAUGUUUUCAAUUUCUUGCUCUUUUUCUUCUCCUUCUGCAUCCCUAUGAUUCAGAUAUUGGCACGUUUGGAGAUGUCCCAGAGUCUUCUUAGCACUCUCCUUGUUUUUUUGAAUUCUUACUUCUUCAUUCUGUUCUACUUGAAUGUUUAUUUCUUCUUUGUGUUCCAAAUUGUUGAUUUGAAAUCUGCCUUCCUUCUCUUCACUGUUGGUUCCUCUUGUAUUUUUCAUUAUUUCACUUAGUGUAACCUUAAUUUCUUCCUUUUUGUUGUUGCCAUACUCAGUGAGUUCUCUGAGCAUCCUUAGCACCAAUGUUUUGAACUCUGCAUUUGAAUCUCCGUUUCAUUUAGUUCUUUUUCUGGUAUUUUGGUCUGUUCUUUCAUUUGGGCCAUAUAUCUUCGUCUCCUCAAUUUGGCAACCUCCCUGUGUUUAUUUCUGUGUAUUGGGUACAGCUGCUUUGACUCUGAUUGAGUUGUAUGGAGUAGAACAUUAGGUAUUGGCUAGAGUGGGGCAACCUGCUCUACCACUUUGUGGCCCUGUAUGUCAGGGAGGGGAUUGGAGAGGGGACAGUGUCACUGCCCGGCUACUGGAGGCUUGGUUUAUGCUCACCUCAUUUCCCGUCACUUUACCCACUUCCUGUAUACAACUGGCGCCCUUCUAACUGUUGCCCUCGUGGUGGUCCCCAGAGUGGGUGGGAUUGCGUGCGUUCUAGGACCAUGCUGGCCCUUUAAAUGAACUCUCUGAGACACCAGCAGUUUCUUCUGCAGCGCCAAUUUCUUUCUCUUCCCAGUGCUGGAACUGGGCAGUCUAGCCUGGGGCUGGGACUGCCCCAAGGUAUCCCUCCUGAUUUUUAUCCACCUCAUGGGAAUGUUCCACCAGCCACCUCACAGAGCCAACACACCAUGUUCCCUCCACCCCUCCUACCCAUCUGGAUGAAUAUGGCUUCUUUAAAACCUUGCUUGGAAAGACUUCCAUGCAGUUUCAUUUUCUGGCAGUUCUGGGUGUUUUUUGUUUUGAGGUUAGUUGUGGUUCUCCUUGUGGUUAUGCAGGGAGGUGAAGUGUGUCUUACCUGUGCCUCCAUCUUGACCAGAGUCCUCAUCUGUGCUUUUAAAUGGUAUUAAAUUAGAAUUAACUCCUGAGUAAUUCAACUGAUGUACAAUUUAGAAUAUAGCUCAGACAGUAAAUUACUGAUUCUAACAGUCUGAGUGUUUUCUGGUGUGCCUCUUUCACUGGGCACAAAUGGAAAUUCUCAGCCCCUGUCAUAAAAAGGGUUUGUUACUGUUGAGUAAUACAAAUUAAAACACAGCUGGGGGUGAAGUAGUUAGCCCCGUCGCACAGACAUUAGCCUCCCUGUUUAUUUCCUCCUGUUUAUAUUCCUGGAAGCAAACAGCUGUGCAUUCAGUUUUAUUCUUUAUUUCUUUACUUAAAAUCUGGAUCUCAAAAGAAACAAACUAGGCCUUUAGGCCUAGAAAAAUUGCCUAUGUCUAUUUUGUUUAAUAUUAUUAAAUAUUUUUGGAGGUUACCCUCAACUUCACUAUCACCCAUUUGUGUAUGCUAGUAGCUGUAAUCUACAUACCUUUCUGUACUCUGCUUUUUGCACUAGGUGGUUACUGUAACAUUUUCUUACACGUCUACAAGUCAUUAUAAUUUCACCUUCUGCUUACAGGGUCGGGCAAAAGCAGGUUUACAGUCGUUUGUGUAAAAAAAUAAUACAAUAAAUAAUAAUAAUACAAGAAUAAACUCUGUGUUUUGUGUACUCACAACUAUAAACCUAUUUUUGCCCCACCCUGUAGUAUUCCAUUAUUAAGCACUUUGUUUAAAACUCUGUAUAGUUUACUUAAUAGCGAAAUGGCUUCAGUAAUGAAUAUCAUUCAUUUCAAACAUGGUGGUUGUUUUUUCCCCUGGACAUUGUACUAAUUAAAUAUUUUCUUAAAGCCAUUAUGCUGUGCAAAUUAGAAUAGGUCAAAAAUUUCAAUUCAAAGCAAGUCAGGUAUGGGUUAAUUUGAACUGUUGAAAUUACUCCCCAGAGUCUUUGAGAUAUUUAUCUUAAAUGUGUGUAAGGGUCGUAUCACAGGCCUUAGGGAGUUUAUUUUUUAUGUUCAUACUGUGCCGUUUAUGUGUAAUGGACAAUAGUGAGCUGUUUGUUAUAGCGGGAUGAUGUGGCUUCUUCAGAAAACAGUCUGUCUGGUGGCCCUAAGGAGAUGUCAGGGUGGGGAGGGCACAGUUGGCUCCCGAGACUGUUUUAGCGCAUGCCCUCCGCAUCCGCUGCCCUCAGCCUCCCCCUCUCCCAGCCGCUGGCGACAGUUGCUUAUCCUGCGAGGACUGCAGUUUCGUAAUGGGAAGAUAGAAUCGUAACAUACUCCACUAAUUUCCUAUUUUCAGUAGUUAGUUAAUAAUACAGUAAGUAAUUUUGUUACUAAAAUAAUUUAAUUCUAUGAAAAACAUUCUUGAACAUAAAUUUAAAUUUCUUAAGGGAUCUUUUCAGGUAAGUUCACAGGGGUAGAGUUGAUGGGUCAACUAGUAUGAAUUUUAAACUUUUUACACUUUAUAAUGAAGUAUCUUUAAGUUGAACAAAUUCAGGGUGGGUACAAAAGCUGUAUAAUCUUAAUAUCAUCCAAAGAAAUAUUUUCUUUGUGACUAAAAUUUGUGAAUAAACACAAAAUCAAAUCAGUAAUAAUAAUAAUAAUUAUAAUAGCACUAAUGAUAAUAGUUUGCAUUUCAUUUAUAAAAGAAAGCAGUAAGGUUUUCAUUUUCAUUUGAAUCAAAGGAUUUGUAAUGGAAACAAUGUUCUUUCAUUAAAAUGUCUGGCACUCUGUUUUUUAAAUUUUGUUAAAUUCAUUGGGGUGACAUUGGUUAAUAAGAUUAUAAAGAUUUUAAGUGUACAGUUCUACAAUAUAUUAUCUGUAUAAUGCAUUGUGUCUUUGAAAAACCAAUUUAAGCUUUUACAAAUUUAAGUCCCUUGUUAGCGGGGUAGAUAUAUUGAUACUUUAUGUUAAAAAUGUUCAGAACAUUCCCCAAAGAGAGUAGGAAAACUUAAGGUUUGGGGGUUUUGUUUUUGUUUUUCUUAGAGGGAGAGAAACAUUGAUGUGUGAGAGAAACGUCAAUUGCUGCCAAGCAGGGAUCUGGCCCACAACUCAGGCAUGUGCCCUUAAUUAGGAAUCGAACCGGUGACCUCUCAGUUCAUAAGCCAGGACUUAAUUCACUGAGCCACACGAGCCAGGAUGUAAAACUUAAGUCGAUGGAAUUUUUUUUUCUUUUAGUCUUCGACUUCCAUUCCCAUUUUUUUUCUUUAAUUUUUUGCCUAGGCUGGUGUGGUUCAGUGGGUUGGACAUUGUUCUGCAAGCCGAAAUAUCACUGGUUUGAUUCCUGGUCAGGGCACGUGCCAGGGUUUCAGGUUCACUCCCUGGUUGGGGGCAGGGGAGGUACCAGAUCCCUGUUUCUCUUGCACCUUGGUGGUUUUCUCCCUCUCUUUCUCCUUCCCUUCCCCUCUCUCUAAAAAUAAAAUCUUUUUUAAAGAUUUUAUUUACUUAUCUUCAGAGGGGAAGGGAAGGAGAGAGGGAGAGAAAUAUCAAUGUGUGGUUGCUUCUCAUGAGUCCCCUGCUGGGAACUGGCCUGCAACCCAGGCAUGUGCCCUGACUGGGAAUCGAACCGCGAUCAUGUGGCCCAACUCAAUCCACUGAGCUACUACACCAGCCAGGGCUAAAAAUAAAAUAUUUAAAAAAUUUUGUUUUAGUUAUAUUUUAUUAAUUGUGCUUAUACAGUUGUCCUGGUUUUUCCCCAUUGCACCCCUCCACUCACCGCUCCCUCAGGCAAUAUCCCCAUCCUUGUUCAUGUCCAUGGGUAACACAUAUAAAAAGUUAUUUGGCUGCUACAUUUCCUAUACUGUAUUUUACAUCCCCAUGACUAUUCUGUAACUACACAUUUGUGCUUCUUAGUCCCCUCACCUGUCACCCACCCCCCACCCCUUCAUCUCUUUAUCUUUAACCUUUAGCAUUUUAAUUAUGAUGUGUCUUGGUGUGGGCCUCUUUGCGUCCAUGUUGUUUGGAACUCUCUGUGCUUCCUGGACUUGCGUGUCUCUUUCCUUCACCAAAUCAGGGAAGUUUUCUUUCAUUAUUUUAUUUCCUCUCAUUAUUUUUUCAGAUAGAUUUCCGAUUUCUUACUCUUUCUUCUCCCUCUGACAGCCCUCUGAAGUGGAUGUUGGAUUGCUUAAAGCUGUCGUUAGUUUUGUAAUUCUCUUUUCUUCUCAUUGUUCUGAUUGGUUGUUUUGUUUUUUCCUCCCUUGUGUUCCAAAUCAUUGAUUUGAUUUUUGGCUUCAUCCACUCUACUGUUGUUUCCCUGUAAACUGUUCUUUAUUUCAAUUAGUGUAUCCUUCGUUUUUGGCUGGAUCGUCUUUAUGCUGGUGAGGUCCUCAUCAAGUUCCUUCAGCAUCCUUAUAACCAGUGUUUUGAGUUCUGUAUCUGAUAGAUUUCUUCUCUCCAUUUUGUUUGGUUCUUUUUCUGGGGUUUUGAUCUGCUCUUUCAUCUGGACCAUGUUUCUUUUGACUCCGUGUCUUGGUAGUGUGGCUUAACACAGAAGGUGUCCCCUAGGGUCCAGUGGCACACCCUCCCAUAACACCCAAGCAGGGUAUUCAAGAUGUGCCCUUCCUGUGGGCUGAGUACCCCUUCCUCUUGUAGUUGAGCCUUUGCUGCUGUCAGAUCAAUAGGUGGGAUAUACCCAGGUCAGUCAGCUGCAAGGACUGGCUGUGACUACCACCAACCUCCUCCCUCCAUGGAGGAUCAACUGUGCAGGGGCAGGGUGGGGGUGCUCUGAGGUGGUCUGUAGCUGUCCACUGGGUGUGUUGGUCCUGGGGUUUCCUGGGUGAUGGAGGCCAACAUCAGCCCCCACCUGUGUUUUGCCUGGGGCCACCCUG